AUUUAUUGAGGCCGUGGGCCGUGAGGCGAGUUGAGCAGAGAAAUUUUGUGGUUUUUAAUUUUUAUGAGAGUUUUGCUAAAAUCUGACUAUUACUUGUGUUCUGGUUUGAUGAAAUUUUCCUAUAACAAUGUCGAAAAGAAAGGCGGGGGUGAAUGAUAUCAUUUACGAAUUGGACAACGAUGACAUCGAAAUUAGUAGUGAAGACGAAGCUGCUAAAGACGCUAAAAUUUUUCGUUUAGACUCAAAAAGUCCAGUAAGUGAUACAAAACAUUAUUCAAAUGACGACAGUUAUAGCCAAGAAAGUAUUGAUAUUGGUAGUCAUAAGGAAAAUACGCUCCCCUUACUUGAAAAGAAUGGAGGGAAAAUUUCUCCCAUCAGCACUUUCUCGGAUGACAAAACUGUUUACAAUAACGGAGUUCAAGUACAACACUUAGAAAAUAAUGUAGAUAUUGACAAAAAAAAUUCCAUGGAUGGAACCAAAACCAUGAUUUUCAACGAAGACAUUGUAAUAGAUUCUCCUGCGUCCAAUAGUGAUUUGGGUGCUAUUGGAUGUGUUAAUAGGACACCGUUAGUGACUGUUAAGUUUAAUGAUAUUAAAUUAGCUAAAGUUUAUAAGGAAAAAGUAAAAGCAUUUAUGUUGAGACUGAUAAAGCUUCACUGUGAGGAUAGUUCAGACACUGAGACUGACUUAGAACUGGAUAUUUGGCCAGAAGACUUGAUCGAGGAUGAUUUCAUUAAUCCUGUGGAAAAGGAACCUGAAGACAACUUGUUUUUUAUUGACACAGCUCCCUGUGAUGCACCAGUGGAAGUGCCCACAUAUAGUCAGCUGUCUACAGUAAUAUCAAAUGUACCUGACCGGGAGCCCACACCUCCAAUGGCAAUGAGAAGAGGUCCGACAUGCUUCAACUGUGACGGCAGCCAUCGGUUGCAAGAUUGCCUCGCUCCGAAAAACAAAGCACGCAUAGCAGAGAAUAGGAAAAAUAUGACCACCAGAGUUGGACGAUACCAUGUCGAAGAUGAACAGAAAUACGGCCACCUGAUUCCGGGUAGGAUAUCCGGGAAGCUCCGUCAUGCUUUAGGACUGAAGAGACACGAGCUCCCGCUGCACAUCUACCGCAUGAGACUGUUGGGGUACCCCCCUGGGUGGCUGGAGGAAGCCAGGAUAUCACAUUCCGGAAUCACCAUGUUUGACUCAUCAGGCACUGCUAUCCAAGACCCUGAGGAAGAAGAGGGAGAGUUGUGCGAUCUCGGCACUAAGGACAAGUUCGACAUCAAAAAGAUCCUGGAUUUCCCUGGUUUUAAUGUAAAGGCCAGUUCGCGGUACAAGGAGGAAGCACACUUAUACAACCUGCCGCCAAUGUCAGACCAGGACAGCAAGAUAGUGAUGUUGGCAAAGCUAGCACCAAAUGCAAUGAUGGCGUAUAAACGAAAGAAGCUGACUUUCUUCCCGUCAGCCUCUCUGAACACCAAUCAGGAAGGGCAGGCUGAGAUGGAACUGGACAGCGGAGACGAAACAGCGGUAUUUCCGUGGAAUCCACCGCUUCCGGACGAGGCGCCGCCCGAAGCCCCGCGGCCGCCCCCGCCCCCUCCCCCGCCGCCGCCGCACUCCCCGGAGAGUGACGUCAUCACGGUGGACGACAAGACUGACCCGGACAAUUCUGACGUGGUCAUCGUAGAACAGAACGUCAGCUUGGUGACGGUUGAUGACUCCUUGAGUGAUGAUAAACUCGAUGUAAAUGACAAAUACCAUAUCAGCAGUCCGACGUUGAAUGACCUUGAAAACAAGAAACAAAAAUUGUUAGACGCUCUAGAAGGUGACAUUUCUCCGAUUGGGUCUGACGUAGAAAUGGAAGAUUAUUCCGAAUAUGAUGACUCGCAGGAAACUGAACAACAAUCAGAUAAUAAAGUUGUAGUCGUUAGCAGUGAAAGUGACAAAGGAACUGCAAAUGUCAGUAAAUCGGAUGAUGUUACGCGCACGAGUUUAGAAAAUGCGUCAGUCUCUGCUUCGGAUGAUGUUAUGCGCACGAGUUCAGAAAAGGCGUCAGUCGCUGCUUCGGAUGAUGUUACGCGCACGAGUUCAGACAAGGCGUCAGUCGCUGCUUCGGAUGAUGUUACGCGCACGAGUUCAGACAAGGCGUCACUCUUUGCUUCGGAUGAUGUGACGCGCACGAGUUCAGACAAGGCGUCACUCUUUGCUUCGGCUUCGGAUGAUGUUACGCGCACGAGUUCAGACAAGUCGUCACUCUUUGCUUCGGCUUCGGAUGAUGUUACGCGCACGAGUACAGACAAGGCGUCACUCUCUGCUUCGGCUUCGGAUGAUGUCACGCGCACGAGUUCAGACAAGGCGUCAGUUUCUGUAUCUGAUGCUGAUUCGGAAUCAACAAUGGAAUUGAGGACAGGACACGUCAAAACUACAAUGUACGGGACCCCAGUGAUGAAUGUGGCGUCCCCAUACGUAAAGUUACCGACUGACGACAAGUUUGCCAAAGAUAUAUGUGACGUCAUCAACUUUGAGAACCUCCCCAAUUCAACAGGGAAGUACAAACAGAUAAGCAAGUUGUUGAAAAAGGUGAAAAGCGAAGUGGAUAGAAUACAAGAGUCAUGAUCAGAGCCCGUCGCCUCCCUGUAGGCGAUCUCUCGUACAAUUAAUUAUGAAGUACCAUAUCUAAUUCUUAGUAUUUUUGUACUGCCACCGUCAUGGAUUUAUAGGUUAGAUAGGAAAUAUUUUUUAAAAAUUAAGUUCAAUAAAAGGAAUUAAAAUAUGGUAAGUCAAACGCGCAGAAGAUAAAGGCUUGCACGGUUAAAAAAGGGACUUGUCUCUUGAAGAUAUUAAAACAUUUAACUCUGGAACUUUCUUGUGUCCAUGGUUCAAGUUAUUACUAUUCAGGCCGCACUUGUUAGAAGGGUGAGGAAGAAAUAUACUAAAUAUUACAAUAAAAAACCGCAUGAAAUUAAUUUACAAGUAGAAAGUUAACUAAUUGUAAAAAUACCUUAAACUUGUCCAAAGCUGCUGGGCUGCUUUCUCCCACUGCUGGGCAUAUGUCUUUCCAAUAUCUUAUUCUUAGUUUUAUCUUAUAUAAGGGUUUUCUGGCCCAGGUUACCCCGGCAUGGUCUUUAUGUCAUCAGACCAGCAGUUGGAUUCUACGACUUAUUUCUGCCUUCAUAGAAUUUCUGCCCAAUGUAAACUGGCGCCCUAAGUAAUUGUACUCAUCCACUUUUUCCAGUACGCGAUUGGAUUUGGUCUCUCCUCUUGUCCAUUUUCAUUUCCAUACCUAUUUUACACAAUAUAGGUUUAUAAACUAGGGAUUCCUUUAGGCGAUGGGCUGGCAACCUGCCACUAUUUGAAUCUCAAUUCUAUCAUUAAGCCAAACAGCUGAACUGUUGGCACUGUCUACCCCGCGAGGAAUAUAGACGUGAUAGUAUGUAUUUUGUGGUAAAAAAAAAGGUUUUUUGAAUGUUUCUUUCCCCUAAACUACCAUUAUAAAUAUACCGUCAAACAAAUGCAUUUUAAAAAUAAAAAGUACAUAUUACUUUAUAUACAUUUUUAUUUGUUUUAUAUAAUGAAAAGAAUCCAUGUCAGUUAUUUAUUGUUUGCAAAUAAAACUAAACAUCCUAAUACAACAUAACUAAAACUGUGCUGGAAUUUCUCUUAAAAAACAAUCAAAGAAUUUCAAAAAUGUUUAGCCAUCCUGAGAUUAUACACAAUCAUUGAUAAGCCACAUGCUGCCAUAUGUUUUUUUCCCCUUUUUCUCUGAGGUGAGAGAGAAGGUACACAUGAUUAAUAAACCAUAUGUAAGUACUUACCUUCUACCUUACCUAACCAAUGAUGAAUAAUCAAUGUUAAUUAACAUUAACCAUUAGGAUGGCAAAGUAUUUAGACAAAAAAUGAUGGACCUCAGUACAUCGAUCCAGAAAUAAUUCAACAAUAUUUUGUUUUAAAUAUCAUACAAUGUAUGAUG